CCGGAAGAAGCUGCUUGACUCCUUCCAGAUCAGCGCGACGACCGCAGAGAAAAUGGCGGCGCUACGAGCGGUGGUGCUAUCGGGGAACGGGAGGGCUCUCCUCAGCACCCCGAAAACUCUCAGGACCUCCAAGGCCAACAUGUCUUUCGCCAGCCUGCCACGGAGCAAGAAGGUUGCCCUGACGACCCUGGGUGUGGUCACAACCGGUGGGGCGGGGCUUGCGCUGAUGUUGCACCAGUCUGUUAAAGCCUCUGAUUUGGAGCUCCAUCCCCCUCAGUACCCCUGGAGUCACGCUGGACCCCUGUCCUCUCUGGACCAUGCUAGUAUUCGCCGCGGUUACCAGGUAUAUAAGCAGGUGUGUUCAGCCUGCCACAGUAUGGAGUACCUGGCUUUCAGAAAUCUAGUGGGAGUGUCACACACAGAGGAAGAGGUGAAGGUCUUUGCUGAAGAGAUUGAGGUAGUGGAUGGUCCUGAUGAGACUGGUGAGAUGUUCACCCGGCCAGGAAAGCUGUCAGACUAUUUCCCAAAGCCCUACCCCAACCCCGAGGCAGCCAGGGCCGCCAACAACGGCGCCCUGCCUCCAGACCUCAGUUACAUCGUUAAUGCCAGACAUGGAGGAGAGGACUACGUGUUCAGCCUGCUGACAGGUUACUGCGAACCUCCUGCAGGAGUGACAGUGAGAGAGGGACUUUACUACAACCCCUACUUCCCUGGCCAGGCUAUUGGCAUGGCUCCGCCCAUCUACAAUGAAAUUCUGGAGUAUGACGAUGGGACUCCUGCCACCAUGAGUCAGGUCGCUAAGGACGUGUGUACUUUCUUGAGGUGGGCUGCUGAGCCCGAGCAUGACCAACGCAAACGCAUGGGACUGAAGCUGCUGCUGGGCUCAGCCAUCAUCGUACCUCUGCUCUACUACAUGAAGAGACACAGGUGGUCUGUGCUGAAGAGCAGGAAGAUCGUCUACAGGCCUCCUAAGUAAAUGAGGGGGGGAAAACACAAACACACACACACAUCCCCCCCCAACCUGGACCGAAAACCAAGAGGGCUGCGUUCAACGACCCCACAAUGCUCACCUCAUGAUGAUCUUAAAGUCACAUAAUUACUGACACAUAUAAACAUGCCUUUCUGAGAGGAGGUACAGAACUUUGAGUCCAUGUACGACAUUUAUUCUUAUUGAAAAUGCCUUUGCUUUUUUAGCUGGUGGCGUUGUAGAACAAAUGUGUGGCAGAUUUUUCUGUAUCCACAAUAUUGUGGUGCAAGUUUGUUUCGGAGAUUUGUGGCGUUCUUGAAUGCAGCUGCUGCAAAGUUCACUACUGGUAGCAGUUCCUGUCUCGACAUCUCAGAUCAGUCUCAAAGUUGAAUGACUGUCCCAUCUUUGUAAGAUACUCAAUAUCCAUGCAAGUGCUGAGAAGUGAAACAUCCAGAGUGUAUGAAGUCAGUCUUCUCCUUUCUUCUCCACAAAGCAUGCUCUAAACUUCUGUUCUAUUGUACAAAAUAAAUUAUCUUAAAGGAAA